AUGUCGAGCAGACGAACGAAAUGGGUGUAUCGAGCAAAGGAGAAAUUACUGAAAUUUGGGAGAGGAUUCUCGUUGAGAAAAAGAGCGCUUCAAUCGGAAGAAACGCUCGCAAUUCCGUCAUUAAAUGGCGAUGUUCUACAGCAAAUCUUCGAGAAUCUUGAUCUAAAAGAUCGCUCAAAAAUGAGAAGAAUUUCUCGAGAAUUUCGCAAUGUGAUUGAUAAGAUUCCGAUUCGGAUCCCAUUUCUGAUGAUACAUUCAGAUGAAAGUGGACAUUAUGAGAUAUUAAGUGAUCAGUUGGAUUUCAUCGCUGGUCAUCUCCUUUCCCCAUUUUCUUCGCAUUUCGAUCAUUUAGGCGAUGCACUUUCGAUGAAUCAAGAAACUCUCUAUCAAGCACUUCAAAUUAUCGCAAUGCAAGCUUCUUCAAUCUCUCAUUUAUGGUUGGAUUGUGUAGAUAAUGGAUAUCUUGCAAAAAUCAUUGUUGAAGCCAAUCUCGAUGCAUCGAAAAAUGUGAUGGAUAGAUUAAACUUUGAACAAUUAACGAUAAUUGGAAGCAAGGAUUACAAUGAUUUCGAUUGGUUUCGCAAAUUGGUUCUAAUGUCGAGAAGAACGUUGAAAGCGCUCAGAUUGAGACAUGUGAGAAUCACCUCCGAAAGUCAAGCGGAAGCUUUUUGGCAAGCGGUGGCUCAGUGUCAUCAAUUGGAUCUUUUACAGUACGAGCCAUGUCGUACCGAUCAUUUCUCGCGAAAACUUCUCAUCGAAGCCCUUCAAUCGAAAGAUAUUCGAAAUCUCACCGUAACCGGUAUUGCCGAUCUCUCAGCCGAUGAUCUCAAAAAAAUCAACAGUCGCGGUACACUCCAAGAAUUAUCAGUUGUUUCCGAUUCGAUUAAACCAAGUGUUUUGGCCACUCCACCACUCCAAUCGACGAUUAUUAAUUUGAAGAGUCUUCUCAUACAGAUUGAUCCCUGGCUUUCAUUGCACGACUCAAUGGAAAGAUGCGCUCUUUUGACCAUUCUUCAAACGCUUCCAAGGAGUUCAAUUCUUGAGGUGGUACAUGUAAUGAAUGGAGAGGGAACUCCACACUCACUUCUCAAUUCGAACAAUCACGUUGGCCGAGCCCUUGGUUAUUGGGUUGGAUUGGCAAUGGAAUCGCAGCGGGCUAUCAAAUUGAAAUUGGACGACGUUGCACAAGAUAAACUUGAUGCCGGAGUUGGACGAGUUCUCCGCAAAUGUGCAGAAGUGAUUCGGGGCAAUUGGACAGAAGAUGGUUUAUGGCUGAAAAGUGGUGGUGGUCGAGUGUUGGUGCUUGAUCGAAGAACUUGGUUUGGUGAUGACGAUCUUGAACUUGCUUCUCCA